UGAGCAACCAUAGAUCAUAAAAAAACCGUCAGUAUUCUUCUCAGACGAAGAAACCACCGCACUUAACAAAGAACGGUGACGACUAUACGCCAACUCCGGCACCACUUAUUAUUCACUGAUCUUCCCUGAAACAGUAGCAAGAAACUACUGUCCUAAUCGAAAAUUUGAUAAAGAAACGACACCGUAGAAGCUAGAAUCAUGCAUUCCUUUGGUUACAGAGCCAAUGCUCUGCUUACGUUCGCCGUCACCAUCCUUGCGAUGAUGUGCGCCAUGGCCUCUCUCUCCGACAAUCUUAACACUCCCACUCCUUCUGCCCAAAUCCAGAUUUUAAAUAUCAAUUGGUUCCAGAAGCAGCCGCAUGGAAAUGAUGAGGUUAGCCUCACGAUGAACAUAACAGCUGAUUUACAGUCACUGUUUACAUGGAACACAAAGCAGGUUUUUGUAUUUUUAGCUGCAGAGUAUCCAACCUCAAAGAACGCCUUGAAUCAGAUUUCACUUUGGGAUGCUAUUAUACCGGCCAAAGAGCAGGCAAAAUUUUGGAUUCAGACUGCAAACAAGUAUCGUUUUAUUGACCAGGGAAGCAAUCUUCGUGGCAAGGAAUUCAACUUGACUUUGCACUGGCAUGUCAUGCCCAAGACCGGCAAAAUGUUUGCUGACAAGCUAAGUAUGUCUGGAUACCGCUUACCUCAAGAAUACAGAUGAAGGACUUAGUGUUUUUGGUGUACUUCGUAGCUGUAACUUGAGCGAUAAUGUUAAAUUUCAGGCGGAUUGAAAAACUAGAUAAACAAUUUUUUUUGGCAAAGUGACUAAAGUUUGGAAUACUGAAUACUUUUCUUUUUACCGUUCUGUCUCUCUUUUAACGGUACCUUUAUUAAGGGCUAUUUUUAA